CCAUAACCUUUAAAAAAAAAAGAAAAAAAAAAUACAAACCUGUCAGUUGAUAAAAAAGAAAAAAAUAGGCGAAAGGAUCUGGCGCAUACAGCCGCGGACCGCGCGCUAAUUUGACGUUACGUUCGAACUUUGAAAUCGCGAGUGUUUUGUUUUUUAUAGCAAAGGAAUAGUACUGUGAUUAUGUUCUGAAGAUGGAAGUAUUACGGUACAAACUCAUCUUUUUAUUAAUAUGGAUGAUAAGCAAGAGUGACCAAAAAUCAAUUGACUUAAUAAACAGUUCAUCGAAAAUUCACAAUAAAUGUCCAUUUUCGAAAAUAAUAGAAGACGUAUUUAAAAUACAUAAUAAAACUUCAGAUGUAGGCAUCCAUCUAAAAGACAGCGAACGCGCGAAGAUAUUUCUCAAUUCCAUAUCUAAUAUCACUGUAAAUGACAGCGCUGAUAAUCCCGACCAAGACACAUUAGUAGACAAUAUCAUAGCAUCCAUAAAUAGAAUAAAGAAUAAUAUAACAACUGUCGGAAGCAAUGAAAGCAAAAUGAACGAAGCAAUCAUUUUAGAUAAUCAAGUUAGAAGAGUAGAUGACAAAUUAGAUGUUAAUUUCUCAACAGAAAUUCCACUCAAAAAAGUCACUCAAAUAAAAAGUGGAAUCGAAGAGAAAAAUGAUGUGAUGAAACUAAAAAUUCAAUCAAAAAACAAUAAUGAUAGCAAAAGUCGAAUAGAAAAUCAAGACUUAACCGGUACUACAACAACUGAAAAGAUAAAUUAUGUAGAAAUACUUACCAUCGAACCCAAUAACACAAGUUCUCAUAAUACUACUACGCACAACAUAAUAGAAGUUCUAAAACACUUAAUGCCCAUGUUUAAUAGCACAUUAACAAAAGAACUUCACAACAUAACGAUCGUAGAAACGAACCAUCAUAGAAACCAUUCAUUUGUAACAACCAAGAAUGUUUCAACAAUAUUAGUGACUUACUGCGACAAAGAAAAUUUAACUAAAGCUAAUAUCACCAUCAAUGAUCCAGAGACUGAUAUGAAAAUACCUUUGAAUAUACAAAAUGAUGAUUUUUAUUUAGAUGAUGACACAGACGAUAAUGACGAUUACGUAAACCCAUCCAAUGCUACUGAAGUAAAAAAGGAGAUAUUAGAAGCAGCUGAAUAUGGAAUGCAGAAAAUGCACGAAUUGUAUACGGUUGUGGAGCCAAAAUUAUAUUCCAUGGGUUUAUGGCUGGACGACACGAACCCAGCACGCUACGUAGCUGCCUUCAACGCACCAUCAGAGGAUGCCGCGAGAUUCUCACGCUACGGAUACGCGUCGUUGCAAGCCGCUCAGAGACUAUUGCAGCUAACCAGUGUUGGAGAUGGCCUGCAAGGUCGCACCGAGGAAGAUCAGUUCCCGUCGGCCAGCGCACUGCGCCAGUCGCCGCUGCUGGAGCACUGUCCUCUCCGGAAGACGACCAAAUGCCCGCCUGCUUCCAAAAGAUACCGAACCCACGACGGGACGUGCAACAACCUGAGCCGGUCGCGAUGGGGCUCCACCAUGACGCCAGUGCAACGCUUCCUGCAGCCAUCCUACGCGGACGGCAUCCAGGCCCCGCGCCGAUCCGUGUUCGGGGGGAAGCUACCAUCGGCCAGAGAGAUCAGCUCCGUGGUCCACGAAUCGAAGAACGUUGAGUCUCCAGGCAUCACGCAUCUGCUGAUGCAGUGGGGGCAGUUCGUGGACCAUGACGUCACAUCGUCCUCCCAGACGAGGGGCUUCAACGGAUCUGUUCCCCGGUGCUGCAAGGAUGGAGGGAAAGGCUUCGUUUCUAAAGAGCAUAUGCAUCCGGAAUGUUUCCCCAUCGAGGUACAGCCAUCAGACCCAUUCUACGGUCCGCGCGGUGUCCGCUGUCUGGACUUCGUAAGGUCCUCGCCGGCGCCUCGCGACGACUGCGCGUUGGGCUGGAGGGAGCAGCUCAAUCAGGUGUCCGCGUAUAUUGAUGGGUCGCCGAUUUAUGGCAGUUCCGCGCGGCAGUCGGACAAGCUACGGCUGCUUAGGAAUGGAAUGCUACAAUACGGCCGGGUCCAGCAACGCCGGCCCGUGCUGCCGCCGGAGCGGCGCGACGAGCUGUGCCGAGGCGGCGCCGUGUCCACGGAGUGCUUCAAGUCUGGAGACGCGCGCGUCAACGAACAGCCGGGUCUCGUGGCGCUCCAUAUCGUCUGGCUGAGGCAGCAUAACAGGAUGGCUCAAGAACUGGCACAUCUAAACCCGCACUGGAGCGACGAGAAGAUCUACCAGGAGACACGGAAGAUAGUUGGAGCUAUGGUUCAGCACAUCACUUACAAGGAAUUCCUGCCCAUCGUUCUAGGCGCCGAAGUCAUGAGGCUCUUUGACCUGGAGCCUCUGAAGAAGGGUUUCUACAAAAACUACAACCUCAAAGUUAACCCCAGCCCCGCCUCCUCCUUCGCCUCAGCCGCCUUCCGGUUCGGACACAGCCUCGUCCAGGGAUCCUUGAUGCGGUUCGACCGGUUUCAUAGACCGAUGAAGAAUAACGUAUCCCUCCAUAACGAGCUGACAAAUCCAUCUAACAUCUGGAGCAUGGGAGCGGUAGACCGAGUCCUCCUAGGCAUGGUGAACCAACCCAUCCAAAAACGGGACGAAUUCAUAACGGAAGAACUGACUAACCAUUUGUUCCAAACCCCUCAUUUUGACUUUGGGAUGGAUUUAGCAGCGAUCAACAUUCAGAGAGGAAGAGACCAUGGAGUAGCUCCUUAUAUAUCAUGGAGAGAGCCUUGUGGACUAUCAGCUAUUGAGGACUUUCAAGACCUUUUAAGAGUAAUGCCAGCAAGGACAGCGAAGAAACUGCAAGCUCUGUACAGACAUGUGGAAGACAUAGACCUGUUCACUGGAGGCAUGUCUGAGAGACCAGUUGUAGGUGGACUCGUAGGACCAACCUUUGCUUGCAUCAUUGCGCAACAAUUCUCAAAUUUGCGGAAGGGUGAUCGGUUUUGGUACGAAAAUGGCGGUUUUGAAUCAUCAUUCACUCCUGCGCAGCUCCAGCAGAUACGGAGAAUUUCCUUAGCACAAGUCCUAUGCCAUACGUUAGAUACAAUUGACAAUAUACAACCAUUCGUAUUCCUAUCCCCCGAAAACCCUGACAAUGACAGAAUAUCGUGCCAAAAUGGCUUACUCAGUAACUUUGACUUGUCUCCCUGGAUAGAAGUAAGUUCUAUUUCUAACAAUGAUAUUAGCAAAGCUGAUGACGAACCUAGUACACAGACACCUAAACGGACUAAACCAACUACUACUACAAUCAAACCUACUACGACUAGGCCUACGACGACAUCUAAACCUAGAACAACCACGAGAAAAGCUAUUAAACUUGCAGCUUCUAACAAAAUAGUUCAAAAAAGACCUUCACCUUUGACUACAACUAACUCAACAACACCUGUAAACAAGACUAAUGAUAAAGUUAUUAAUAAAGCGAACUCUACUGACACUAUUGACGAAGACCAAUUUACUAUUUCUUUGCCAACUGACAUAACAGAAAACGGGACUGUUCAUAUGAUUGACGAUAAACUUGACUUUAAAAACAAAAGCCGACGAUACGACAACUCUGACAAAACUAACGUGAGACAUAACAUAAAAGAUAAUCCCACCAAGUCUUAUGAAUAUGAAGACAAUGACAACGUACAUCACGUGCAAUCUGUAGUUAUAAACAACUUACCAAACAAACGACCUUAUCAUCAUAACAGACCUUUACUGACUGUAACAGAAAAUACAAAUAAAUACACGUACCUUAUAAACUACGUUCCCCGACCGACUGAAUCUUGGCGACGGACUACUCGAAAAACUUAUGACAGAGACGUGGUAAAAGUGACAUACCAAAAUUAUGAUGAUACCUAUAGACGACCUAACCCUUAUUACUAUAACAGACGUGACGAUAUAACUAAUGACGCUAUUGACUCGAGACACAGAACAAUUACGAAGACUACUAAUAAAGACCAUUUCCAUUCUUCAGCCAGAGCUAAUGACGAUGAAGUUGUGACAACAAAAACUAAAAUCGUUGAGGAGGACGACAAGACUGAAAAUCAAUUGAGCUCGACAACUGAAAACUUAUAUAAAUUAGUGACUUUUGGCUACAUUGGAAACUACAAAGGAAACGAUGUCAAAAACUCUGACUUGACUAGAAUAGAACAAGCUGAAACUAAAAAAGGAGAAACAAAUUUAGAUGGUAUAAGCAAGGAUUUCUCCACUUAUGUGACAAAGAGAUCUGACGAAGUACUUGACAGCGACAAAGACACUAAUAACAUGAGACUAUCGACAUUUUACUUUUACGACACAGCAACUAAGCCUUAUAGCAACUUAGCAAGACCGACCAGACGACACGACGAAGACUAUAUACAAAACAUUAAAGCUAACAGUAAAUACUAUUACAUUAAGAACGUUUUACACAAAUAUCCAGACACAGAUUCUGUAGAUACGGACAAGAAUAUUAUCGAAAAGAAAAAUGUAACUAUAGAAUUAGGGAACCCUCCAGAAAUUAAUAUAGAAGAAAGAUCGUCAGCAAGCAAAUUGGCAUUUUUGGAUGAAAUUGAAUCUAAAUCAGCAAAUGCUGAUAAAACCAAACUGAAAAUUACAAAAAAAAAGCCUACUAACGAUCCUGCCAAAACACCAUCUGUGGCAUUUGAAGUUAUACCUAGCGAAAACAGUCCUGCACAAUGGGCAGUGUACGAAGAGGACGAGAGCCUCCCUGAAGGACUACCACAUCGUAUGCCGGCGAUACACACAGACCCCUACGCCCUGAAGGAACUGCCAAAACCCAUGGACUUGAACAACAUGAGGAGACGGAGACCAGGGAGGCUUUGAUGAUGGCAGAGUAAUGUUUGAUAAUAGAUAUGACAAUAUUACAGACGUCGAACGACGAGGAAAAUUUGACAGAUUAUCAUGAAGCUUCCCCUCUUCCCCUGAUUACUUAAAUACAUUUUUCAAUAACUAGAACAGACUUA